AUGACGCAUUGUCGCAUACUCGUAGUUUUACUUCUCUUCGUUUAUCUUCAUAUAUUUUCAGUCAAUGCAACAUUAUUUCCUUGUAAUACAACGUUCUCGUGUGGUUGUUCAAGAGCUAAUGCUAAUAUCAAUGCAAGAAUAGUCGGAGGCGAAGUAGCCGUCGAUCAUAGCUGGGGCUGGGCCGUUUCGAUACGAAGCUAUUUUGGAAAUCAUUUCUGCGGUGGAAUGAUCAUCUCUCCUCGUUAUGUUCUUACAGCAGCACAUUGUAUCGAGGAUUACAUAUUCUCAGCUAAUCUUCUAUCAAUUGUUAUAGGUUCGAACUCGUUAAAUGGCGCUGACGGGCAGCAGUUCACGUUAUCACGCAUCAUUAGCCAUCCUAGUUACAAUUCGAGAACAAAAGAAAAUGACAUUGCUAUUCUUCAGCUUAGCAGUGCAAUUGAUUUUAAGAAUGACAACGUAGCGAAAAUUUGCCUUCCAAAUGUCACGCCAACUGAGCAAUCUAAAUAUCCGAUCGUGACCAAACCAGUUGUAGCAAUUGGUUGGGGACAUACUACUUUCAACGGUAAUUUGUCUAAUUCAUUGCAACAAGUAACAGUUAAGACAGUUGCAAGUAAAGAAUCGAAAUGCAAAGUUUCCAUUCGAAAUACAAACCUGCAAUUUUGCGCUGCAGUGAACGGUGGAGGGAAAGAUACAUGUCAAGGUGAUUCUGGCGGCCCAUUGAUGUUUUAUUCUAAAUCGGAACAAGUGUGGGUACUUGCAGGUGUCACAUCGUAUGGUUAUCGAUGCGCAUUACCAGACUACGCUGGUGUUUAUACACGAACAAGUGCUUAUAUUAGCUGGAUUCAGUCAGUUGUUGGUAACGAUGGUAUCGUAACCGUCCAACAAAGUAAAGCAGUGAUUCAUCAUCGUGUUUCUUAUUUCCUCACUUUCGUGGUAUUUUCUCUAAUGAUUCUAAACCGUUGCUAUUAUUAA